GAAAUGAGUGAAUUAGAAGAAAUGUUAAAGGUUGUUCCUAUGAAAGUCAGAUAUGAAGCCGCCAUGGUUCUCAGUGGAGUAGGCGAUGCAUUGGGCUACAAGAAUGGAGCCUGGGAGUUCUGCGAUAAUGGAAAAACUAUACAUGAAGAAUUGAAGAACUUAGGAGGAGUUGAAAAUAUUGAAAUAAAGUUACCCAAUUGGAGAGUCAGUGAUGACACAGUCAUGCACCUUGCAACUGCUGAAGCUUUGAUUCAACAUGGAACUGGAAAAGAUGCUGGCUCAUUACAUGCUGCUCUUGCCAACAAAUACAUUGAGUGCAUGAAUGACAUGAGUGGCAGAGCACCGGGAGACACAUGUAUGGCAUAUGUAGGUAUACUUCGCCCACUUGAAAAGGAUGGUUUGAAUAUACCCUUCAACCCUCGGGGAGGUGGAUGUGGUGCCUCUAUGCGAGCCAUGUGUAUAGGAUUGCGCUAUCCGAAAGAAGAAGAUGUUAGUCAACUGAUUGCCGUUGCCAUAGAAUCUGGGAGAAUGUCACAUCAUCAUCCAACAGGUUACCUUGGUGCGUUGGCUGCAGCACUAUUCACUGCAUAUGCCACUCAAGGUAAACCAGUGCUGGAAUGGGGUUGUGGAUUGAUGGAGGUACUACCCAAAGCCUUGCAAUAUAUUAAAGACCAAGGCAGAGAUGUGAAAGAGAAUGUAAAACACUGGGGUUAUUUCAAAAAAGCUUGGAUGAAAUAUCUUGCUUUGCGAAAUCUGACUGAUGGCAAAUCAGAACCAAAUUUUCCUGCCGAGUAUGGCAUUGAAGCGAGGGACGAAUUCUAUACGUCAUUAAGCUUUGGCGGUGUAGCAGGGGCAAGUGGUCAUGACGCUCCGAUGAUUGCCUACGAUGCUUUACUCUGCGCUGGUAACAACUGGGUGAAACUAUGUGAACAUGCAGCGUUACAUGGUGGUGAUUCUGAUAGUACAGGAGUGAAUGCUUGCUGCUGGUUUGGUGCCCUCUAUGGAUUUCAAGGUGUGCCAGAAUGCAAUUAUAAAGAUUUAGAGUAUAAACAACGACUCGUGGAGUGUGGUGAUAAGUUGUAUGCCUUGAGUCAGAUUAAAGAUAGUGGAACAAUUCGAGAUGUUAUAAGACAGAAAUGUGAUGCAAUGUGA